GGAAAGGAGGCAAAGAAAAUGGGAGAAAUGCAAGGGUCAAGAAUUACAAAAUGAAGAAGGAAAAGAGAAAAGAAGCAUGCUGGUGCUGAGAAACACAAAAUUAAAAGGGGAAGGAGUUCAGAGACUAGACCAGUUUUGGCACAUGUUUGAGGAAGAGCAAGGUACUUUUCUUCUGUGGUUCUCUGUAGGCUGCAGCUUUUUGAACAAGCAAGGCAAAAGUCACAGACAAAGAAGAAGAGAAAAAUGGCCCAUGUUAGACCAAAGUUUAUUGAGAUUCUGCACAAGGCGAUGGAAGAGGGUGAAAAGAUGACUCGAGAAGAGAUGCUAUUUACAUAUGAUGGAGUCGUGUACCCUACAGCUCUUUGCAGUCCAGAGGUCUUCAAAGCUCUCGAGUCUUUUGAAGCAAGGAGAGAUGAUGUGAUACUGGCAGGAUACUGCAAAUCUGGUACUAACUGGGUUGGCCAAAUAGUUACUGAUUUAGUAAUAACAUCUGCAAAGAAACAUGAACCAAACAAGCUGAAUGAAAAACUGCUACUGGCAGAAUUUCCUUAUCUUGAAAUUGGAGAUACUGAAAAGUAUCAGAGGAUGAACAGCUAUCCCUCUAGGAGAGUGAUGUUUACUCAUCUCCGCCCUGAUAAGCUUCCAUCAUCUGUCUUCAAGAACAAAGCCAAAAUAUUGCUGCUGAUUCGGAAUCCAAAAGAUGUAGCUGCAUCUUUUUUUCAUUUUUCAAACACCUUCUCUCCAUAUCCACCUUAUGACACAUUUGAAGAAUACUUCCGAGCUUUAAUGGAAGGACGAAUGCCCUGGGGUUCCUAUAUUGAAUAUCUUUGUGUGUGGAACAAGUACGUUGAUAAAGAAAAUGUUAUGCCAAUAACAUAUGAAGAGUUGAAAGAGAACACAGCUGCAGGAGCCAAACAAAUAGCUGAAUUCUUUGAACUGAACCUAAGCCAGGAAGACUAUGAUGGUGUCGCGGAAAGGAGCACUUUCAAAGCUAUGAAAAACAAUUCCAAAACAACCCAUGGAGAAUUUGGUGAUGUUCUUUUCCGUAAAGGUGGUGUAAGUGACUGGAAGACACUUUUUAGUCACUCAAAUAGCCAGGAAAUGGACACAAUAUUUAAAGAGCGCUUAGCAGAGACCAAGGUGGGAUCAAAGAUAAAAUAUAAUGUCUACUGCAAAGCAUGAAGACUGAGGAACGGUCUUGGAGGAACAGUCUUGGAGUGAAUUCAUAAAGCUCUCAAGGACAGCAAGAAAUCCAGCUUCUUAGAAUAAAUUAAUAAAUAUUCAUCUUUUGUAUCUAUAUGUAGGGGCAACAAAAAUUAUAUCAGAUUUUCCUGUCAAAAUCUCCAGUAUAUACAUAAACUAGUAAUGCUGUACUUAAACUUAUUCAGAUGAAUGCCAAAUUACUCUUUCAGAAAUAUAAUCUUGGUAGGAUGAUAUAUUGUAUUUGAUUAGCCUUUUAUUGGUGUAGAAACACACACAUUUUUCGUUUCACUGAUUCUUCAUUAGGUAGACAGCAGGUUGUGUAUACCAGAUUAUUACACUAAAAUGCGAAAGUAGGUUUAAAAUGUAAACAUGUUUAUACAUUGCAAAUCGAAUAUUCAUAUGAAUCACAACAUUGACUGUCACAAAAUCUGAAAAAUUGGAAAUUUGAUCCAUUGUCAUUUUGUUGGCCUGCCACCCAACCUGAAUGCCCAUUGCUAUGUUCCACCAAGAGUGGGGGGAAAAAAACCUCAGUGACUUGGUGUGAUGUGCUUUCCCCCAAUAAACUGUCCUUAUCAAUCCCAGGGUAUAGUCUAGAGCAGCCUUUCCCAACUAGUGGGCCACCAGAUGUUGGACCACAAUUCCCAUCUUUCCUGACCAUUGGCAAUGCUGGCUGAGGCUGAUGAGAGUUGUGGUCCAACAACAUCUGGUGGCCCACUAGUUGGGAAAGGCUGGUCUAGAGGUACAUGAUGCAGCAACAUUGCUGAAGCUAAAUAGGUCUCAGUCUAGUCAGUGCCUGUAUGGGAGACUUUCUGUAAAGUUUAUGCACACUGUCUUGUUUUCUGCAGAAAAAAGAGAGAAAUUUAAUAAAUAAAUAGCCUAAAUCAUA